AUGGCUAAAACUUCCAAAUCUGUUCCCCUAAAGGAAAAAGCUCCUUCAUCUUCUCGAUCGACCAAGAGUAAACCGGUAGUGCCACCUCGUAUCGAGGAAUGCAUCCCCCCACCGUGUGAGAUAACAUCCGAUUUCAAAGUCGAAAAACCUGUUUCCACGCCAGGCCGAUGCGAGCCUAUGUCUCGAUAUAUUUGUUUGGUGACCAAGGCCGAGCUUGAUCAAGUAAAAGAGGAUUGUGAAUGGGACAAUAAGGAAGUAGUGAUUCCUUCCUCCGAAGAAGAUAUCACCACAUACAAAGCGGGGUACUUGAGUGCCCCAGCUGGUGAAGUGGAGGCUCCGAAACCUACCAAAGAAAGGAAAAGAAGAAAGGAGACAUCUGAAAAUCCCCCGAAGCCAAAGAAGAGCGCGGCCCGAAGGCCUAAGGUCGAUACGGCGGCUCUAUCUCCGGAAACGGCUCAACGCCUUCGGGAACAGGAGGAAGAGGAAGAAGAUGAUUGCCUGUUGGUCAAUCGUAAAAGAAAGAAUGCUGAUGCUCCGAAGCCCGUCGAACAAGCAACGGCUGAUGAGGCCCACUCCCGAGCUGAAGAGAUUUCUGAAGGGAGUUCAAACAAAGUCCCCGAACCAUCAUCCAGAAAGAAGGUGCCUCGCUUAGGAGAUCAUUAUGAGGGAGAAGGCGAACGUCCUGACCCCAAGCCUUUUCAAAUACAAGAGAAUGUCCCGAGCGGGUCUCUCGGGGUGAUCAACGUGGAUGAUUCUCCCCUUGGCCCCGAGUUCUCUGAUGGGCAAAUCCGGGAGGCUAUGAACAACAUGAGAUCUUUUGGAGUGGGAGUAAACCAUGAAGGGCACGACAUCUUUCGAGAAUGUCUCGAAGGGCUUGAUGACGGCCCCGACCCCGAUGCUUCUUUCAUUUUUAAUGAGGCUAUGGUGCUCCAUAAAAGGACAUUUUCCAAGUCCCGAGACGAUCUUGCCCGGUGCGAGGCCGAGAUCAAGAAAACUUUAGAGGAGAGAGACGCCGUAAAAGCCUUAUAUGCUAAGAAAGCGUCGAAGAUUCAUAAUCUACAAGCUGAGUUGACGCAGGUGUGCCAAGAUCGAGCCGAGUAUGUCGAGAAGUUCAAUCAGAAAGCCGAUGUGGAGACGCAACUUCGGGAGGAGCUUAUGGUAAAAGAAGCCGAGGCCCUGGGAUUGGGGCGAGGUAUGGAUGAUCUCGCUUCUGAGAAGGAAGCUCUAAAAGAGCAGUUAGCUUUGCUCGAACGCUAGCUUCGAGGCGCGA